GACGACUAUUACGACCAGAUGGAUCCAAGGGAUCAGAGGGGCCGCUAUCGCAGCCCCUCGCCUGGCCAUCAACAACCUGGAUACCAACUCGAAGAGAACCCGUAUUCCUACUCGCAAUCACAGCAGCGACUAGACAUGCCUCAACACGGCUCCCCGGCGAGGUUCCCCUCUCCAGGAGAACAUCAGGGCUAUAAUCCGGCGGAUCUCAGGCUGGGAACCCCAAGCGAUUUCCUGACGAUGAAUGCGGCGCACUCUAUCGAUAACUUGUCUGGCUACCACAACAACAAUAGCCAGGUCGGCGUCGACCAUGGCGACUACUCUGUCAACCCCGAAGCUCACCACGAUGCGUACUAUAACCGGGGCUAUGAAUCAACGACCCCUGGGCAUGACGGUCAUGGGUACGACUACGACGACCAGGACGGACGACCAAUGCUCUCGCACCAAAACUCCGACCAGUACGCAGAUGAUCCUCAUCAGCAGCAACAACCACCGCCGCCACAAGAGGGAGGAGGCCUUCGGCGGCACAAGACAGUGAAGCGAGUUCUGCUGUACCGAGGCAAUCUUGUUUUGGAUUGCCCAGUACCCCCCAUACUCCUCCAGAAUGUCAAGCACGGCGAACGAGACGAGUUUACCCACAUGCGAUAUACUGCAGCCACCUGCGACCCGUCCCUGUUUUACGAAGAAAACUUUACCCUGCGCCAGAAGCUCUUCAGCAAACCCCGACACACGGAGCUGUUCAUCGUUGUGACAAUGUAUAACGAAGACGAUAUCCUUUUUGCCCGAACAAUGAUCGGUGUCUUCAAGAAUAUUGAUUACAUGUGCAACAGCCGACCAAACAGCAAGACCUGGGGCAAGGACGCUUGGAAGAAGAUUGUGGUGUGCGUUGUCAGCGAUGGUCGAGCCAAGAUUAAUCCGAGAACGAGAGCUUUGUUGGCGGGUAUGGGAGUCUAUCAGGAGGGUAUCGCGAAGCAAAAGGUCAACGACAAGGACGUGACGGCACAUAUCUACGAGUACACCACACAGACCCAUUUGGCGCUCAACAACGGUGUUGUUUCGCUGGUCCACAAUAAGCAGCCUGUGCAAGUCCUCUUUUGCUUGAAGGAGAAGAACCAGAAGAAGAUCAAUUCCCAUCGGUGGUUUUUCCAGGCAUUUGGACGUGUUUUGGACCCCAACAUUUGUGUUCUGCUCGAUGCCGGUACGAGACCAGGUGGCAGGUCCAUCUACCAUCUCUGGAAAGCGUUCGAUCUCGAGCCCAUGUGCGGAGGUGCCUGUGGUGAGAUCAAGGCCAUGUUGGGAACUGGCGGCAAGCUUCUUUUGAACCCGAUCGUUGCGGCACAGAACUUCGAGUAUAAGAUGAGUAACAUUCUGGACAAACCGCUGGAGUCUGCGUUUGGUUUUAUUUCCGUAUUGCCAGGUGCCUUCUCUGCCUAUCGAUAUGUUGCUCUUCAGAAUGACAAGAACGGCAAGGGCCCAUUGGAGAAGUACUUUUUGGGUGAGACACUUCACGGAGGUGCUGAUGCUGGUCUUUUCGAGUCCAAUAUGUACCUCGCCGAAGAUCGUAUUCUCUGUUUCGAGCUGGUCACGAAGAGGAACUGCCAUUGGAUCCUGCAGUACGUCAAGUCGGCGACUGGAGAGACUGAUGUGCCAGAUACUGUGACUGAACUGAUUUUGCAACGACGUCGUUGGCUCAAUGGUUCCUUCUUCGCCUCCAUUUAUGCCGGUGUGCAUUUCUACGACUUCUUUCGCUCUGACCACUCAGCCAUCCGCAAGUUCUUCUUCUUCAUCGAGUUCAUUUUCCAGACCAUCAACACCAUCUUUGCGUGGUUCGCUCUCGGCAACUUCUUCCUGGUUUUCAAGAUUCUCACGGAGAGUUUGGGUGCUGACAACCUGCUCAAGAGGCCUGGUCAGAUCCUAGGUGUUGUUUUCACCUGGAUGUACGGUGCCUUCUUGGGUGCAUGCUUCGUUCUCUCACUGGGAAAUCGCCCCGCCGGAUCUGGAAAGCUCUACACUGCCAUGGUUUGGUUCUGGGCUAUCCUCAUGAUAUAUCUCCUCUUUGCCGCUAUCUACAUUGCCGUUAUUGCCAUUAUGGAGCAUGUUAAGGGCGGAUUCCAAAUUAGCGACCUCGUCAAGAACAAGGUGUUCUACACGCUCAUCAUAUCUCUCAUGUCGACUUUUGGUCUGUGGCUGAUCGCAUCCCUGAUGAUGUUUGACCCAUGGCACAUUUUCACCUCGCUCGGCCAAUAUAUGCUGCUGACCCCUACCUUCACCAACGUUCUCAAUGUUUACGCCUUUUGCAACACCCACGACGUCUCAUGGGGUACCAAGGGUGACGACAAGGUCGAGAAGCUUCCAUCAGUCAGCACCAAGGAUGGUGAGGGCAAGACAGAUCUCCCCGACGAAGGCGACCUCAACGCCCAGUACCAGCGCGAGCUGGCCUCGUUCAACCACAAGUUCGUGGAAGAGAAGAAGCCACCGACCCCCGCCCAGCUCCAAGAGAAGCAGAUGGACUACUACAGAGGUGUGCGAACUGGUGUCGUUCUCAUCUGGAUGGUUACAAACUUUGCUCUCUGUGCUGUAGUACUGAGCACAGGAGGUCUUGAUACACUCAGCACCGGGGGCAGCACGGAAGAGAGCGAGGAGGAGCGAACCAACAUUUAUCUACUCGUCGUCCUCUACAGUGUGGCCGGUCUGAGUGGCUUCAAGUUCAUAGGUGCCUGCUGGUUCAUGAUUGUCCGCAUGUUCAGAGGUGUCUAA